AUACAUAUUCAUAUGGCUUGUUUAAAAAUGAAAACUCUCUUGUAUUUGAGCAAAAUAAAGAAAAGGCAGACAAUAUUUUGUGAAGGUAGAAUACAUCCGUUGUAAGUAAACAGUCUGGCAAUAUUGGUAUUAACAGAAAAUGUCGCGUUAACAUUCUCUGGUAAAGUGUACACAAAAAUAUGUAUAAAAUCAGGAAACGUCUACGAAGAGAACAGCGAGUAAUGGGGGUUAUUGUUUAAUGAAGAAUUGAUUAUAACUUAUCAUAUAUUUUGGAAACCUUUUAAUUGUUUAUGGGUUUUAAUCAAAAGUGGAUUUUGAAGUAAUUCGAAUUUAAAUGGAGGAGGAUAUGUGCAUCAUCCUUGCACCAUCUUAAGUGAAUAAUUCGGUGCGAAACAUUUUAAAUACAGAGGGGGUUCAGCAACUUCAACAUGAAGUUACGCUUUAAAACGAUUUCAAAAAAUCUAUUAUUUGUGCGUCGGGAUCUAAAGCAUUGUGGAAGCUGUAAAAAUAUAUACAUACGUGUUUAUAAAAUGGCCAAUGCUGAAAUUAGUGUAAACAAUCUAAGGCUAUUGCUUUCAUAGCCGCAAAUACAUAUAUACAUACGUGUAUGCAUACAAAAUAUUGUAUUUGAAGCAAACAAUGGGAGAUUUGGUAUACAUAACGUGUGUCUACUUACAUACAUAUGUGGAAUGGCAUAAACAAGAAAUAUAUAUUCAGAAAGUUAGAGUGCUUAAUAUUUUGUAAACCAAUUUGGAAAUGUGCUUGAAAAGAAAAUACUAUUUAUUUCUUCAAAGUUUACCAAACGUUCUAAAAAUUUAUAUUCCAAUCAUAAUUCAAAAUAAAGAAGAUAUGUAUUCGAAUAUACAAACAUUAUUGCGUUCUCCAUACAAAUAGCAAGCUAAGGAUUUACGUGGGGGUAUAAGAGUGAGGAAGAAAACUAGCAUGUUGCAAUGGUAGACCUAUUUUUCCUCCUGGCUUAGUACAUACUUGUAUGGAUGUUGCAAUAGCAUAACUUGCAAUCGAAUAUAAUUAUAGUGGAUCUAUAUUUUGAGAAUUGUAAUUUUGAAGCAAUAUAGACGUCAAUCUAAGGUAAACAGAAAGUAAGAGGAUCUCUCGUGUUUUUUGAUGCCCGCAACAAUACAGUAAAAAACUUGCGGAUUUAGUAGUAGAAAAUUUGAUGAUUAUGUCUAGUUUUAUGAGCGAAAGUGGAACUUCUGCUGAACUACAACUUAGUAGCAGGGUAGUGGCUGUAGUUUCUGCAACUUCGGCUGCAGCGGUGGCCGCAACGGCUUUUGUCGGCAACUCAAAUCAAAUGAGCUCUACGAACCCAAUUAUGCAACGAGAAAAUUCUGAAACAUCUGCAAUUAGCUGUCCUGACGAGACGGUUAGUAAAAAUUCUACGUUUGAUGAAGAUAAUCGAUUUAGCGAUACCAGAGGCAAUGUAAAUGUGUCAUUGAUGCAAACAUCUCCACCACCCCAUAGUUAUCGUCAUUCGCGUGCCUAUCGACAUUUUAAAAAUCCACCGCAGCCACAUAUGUGUAUUCGCACAACAUCAGAAUCAGGUGAAGAAUUAUUUAUUAAUGUACUAAGUUGGACGAGAAUAGUAAUACCACAAGAGCCUACUGACCCUAUACCAUUAUAUGGAGGAAUGAGGGUUCCUCCAGGAACUCCACGAAGCCCGCCUAUUGUUUUUGCAGUUAUGGCGAAUCCGGAUGUCCUAAAAGACUCUGGACGUCAUAGCAAAGAUCCAGAGGAACGCAGAGCUAUGGUAGAAUUAAUGUGUGACUUUGUAGAAGCAAUGAAUCCUGGUUUAAAAUUAGUAAGUUUAUUAUAUUUUAGAAACGCCAUUAUUCUAAAAGAUAGGGAUAUAUCUGGAGAGUUAAAAGAUGUCUGGAGUGCGGUGCAAGCUCAAAGAGAUCGAGAAAGAGAAGAACAAAUUAUACAACAACGACAUCAGCAUCACUUUCACAGCAUCACCACUCAACAGAUGUUUCCAAAGUCUACCGAAGCUGUACGAAUAUCCGAACAGAAACAAAUCAAUUUAAUAAGUGCAGAAAAAUCGGAUAAAGUUCCGUUGGGGAGCUUAGCCGCGAAAUCCACAUAUAAUAGAGAUCUUUCAGCACCGUCAGAUAGUACAAAUGUACAAAGUACUACGGGAGAAUUCGCCAUACAUAUAAAUGACACUUUAAAUUCAAAGCAGCCUCCAGAAACUUAUGAAACAUUUGCUAAUACUGCAAGUGGCGUUAAUGAUGUGUAUACUGCUUUAGGUGAUGGAAAUGAUCAAACUGAUGCCACUAUUAAAUUGUCUAUGAAACCCGACACUUCCGAAAAUAGAGAAGCAUCUAUAAAAACUUUUUCCAGGCCACAACUUCUAAACGGAGAAGAAACUAAUAAAAGUAAAUGUGUCGAAUAUAUUGACAAUAUUUCGUCGUCUAGCACAGUAGUUACAACAGAAACCUCCUCAAUAAAUAGCAUAGGGGGAAUAUCAACACUUCAAACACCCAAUCACAUAAAAAUAAGCACAGUGGCUUCCGCCGCAGUAUCAACUCCAACCAUUACGAAAAAAGAUAAACUAGUUGGGUUUUUACCUAAUGGAUGCAUAUUCCCUCGAUUCAAGAAUUAUAAAAACAAAGAAAAGGAUAAAGAUAAAGAAACCAAAACAAAAGAUAAAACUUUACUCAAUGCUUUGAAAAAAAGCAAAGAUAAAAAAACCGCUAGUGUUGAAAAUUGUGAAAAACCAUCUGUGGACUGUGAUCCAAAGAUAAAUUACGAAAAAAACUGUAUUAGUUUAGAAACUGAAAUACAAAAUUUGGAUCUAAAUAAAAUCGAAACAGCCACAAGUGGUGACAACAUGUUUGCUAAGUUGAAAAUUACUGCUUCUUCAGCGUCAGCAAAAUAGAUAGUUUACUCCCUUGUUUUAUUUUUCUAUUAGCAAUAAGAAUAGUCCGCCUUCAUUGUAGGGGACUCUAAUUUCUAACGGAGAUAUCAGCUCUUAAUACAAGUAUUGCUUGAAUUCGAUAUUAUCAAUUUAUUUUGAUAAUUUUUUUAUACGAUAUGAUUAUAAAAUCAAAUAAUUUAUUUACAAAAGCUGUUUCCUGUAUUAAUUUUUCUAUAUAAUAAAAUUAUUUCCCUAAACGUAACUAACACUUAUAAGCAUUCAUACGAUUUUGUAUGAAUUCAAUUAAGUUUUUAAACAUAUGUACAAUUUUUAUUGAUGUUAUAAAAUCGGACAUAAGUAAACAUUUAUUGAUUUCCAAGGUAUUAUGAAAUUACUUUUAGAUGUAAUUUAAACAUGCAUAUACUUAUAUAUAUUGCAAGCACCGGAGUGUCAAAAUUUUAACUUUUUUGUUUAAAUUUUGAAAACUGUUAGGUAACUAGUCUUAUUGAAACAUUCUUAAUUUGAUGUUGUUUUUAAUAAUUUUUGUAAACGUGUACACAUUGUUUUUUUUUUUCAAAAAUAAUUAUUUCAAUUUAUCGAUUUAUAAAUUUAUUAAAAGAAUUAAUAAUAUUAUUUGCAUUAUGUUUCAAUACUUUUUACAAAAUACAUAAAAACCACAACUGCCAUAGAUACAAAAACUGUUACAUAUUUAUAUUUUAUUGGGAUUAAUAUUAAUAAUCGCAACAAAAGUUAAAAGAGUAUUAUAGUUUUAUUCACAUAAAGGUUGUUUGUAAAACCUAAAACUAAAAUAGUUAGAUAUAGAGUCAUAUAUACCGAAGUGAUCAGGGUAACGAGUAGAUUUGAAAUCCGGAUGUCUGUCCGUCCGUCUGUCUGUCCGUCUGUGCACACUGUAACUUAGUAAAAAUUAAGAUAUCUUGACGAAACUUGGCUCAAAUAUUCCUUGGGACCGUGAGAGGGUUGCUUUCGAAAAUGGGCGAAAAUCGAAAACACAUAAAGUGUCAUAACUAAACUAUAAAUAUAAAUAAAGUUAUAAAAGUAAAAUUUGGUACAAAGGAUCGCACUAGGAAGGGGCAUAUUUGUAUGUAAUUUUUUUGGGGAAGGGGGCGGGGUCACGCCCACAAAUAUGUUCUUUUUAUAUAUCUCGCAAGCCAAUAAAGCUAUACAAACCAAACUUUCUGCAGUCGUUUCCCUUACGUACCCCAUCAUACACCACGAAAAUAGUGGUAAUCGGAUAAUAACCACGCCCACCUCCCAUACAAAUGUUAUGUUGAAAAUUACUAAAAGUGCGUUAACUCACUAACGAAUAACAUCAGAAACCCUAAAUUUUGCAGAAGAAAUGGAAGAAGGAAGCUGUACUCAGAUUUUUUUACAAAAUGGAGGAGCGCGUGGCGUCGUCCACUUAUGGGUCAAAAACCAAACCUCAGGAACUACUCGAACGAUUUCAAUGAAAUUCGGUAUAUAGCACUUUAUAAUAUAUACGUAACGAACCAAUGAAGAUAGUGUAAUAAAACUUUACACAACUACUGUAUGUGAUCAGUAUCAGAUCAUAACUUGUGAAAAAAUUUAGAAAUCGGACUAUAACUUUUCGAUGCCCGAAUAUCGAAUAUGAAGAAUUCAAUCCCUUAGGGUAAUUUUUCACCGAAAAUAUCGGUAAAUCUCUCAGAUAUCUUAAUUUAAUUCAGAUGGGCUUGAUAGUGAAAUCGGUUCAGGAAUUACCUCAGCCCUCAUAAACUAUGUAUAUAUGACGAUAUUCGUUAUUCUAUUGGACUUUAUGCCGAAUAUAUGGGUCAAAUUGUGUGUUAUCUUAAAAAAACUAUAUCAAUAAAUUGCGAGAGUAUAAAAUGUUCGGUUGCUCCCGAACUUAGCCCUUCCUUACUUGUUUUAUAUUUAAUUAAAUUUGUAAAAUCAUCAUUGAAAUUGAAGAUGUCGAUUGCGGCUUUACUGAACACAUAAGUGUUUUACUAUCUCGUACAACUUUUUGUAAAAUAUGAACUUAUUUUAGGAUCUAAAUAUUAAAUGAGAGCAGUAAGACUCAUAUAAAAUGGUGAUUAUAUUUAUUAAAACGCCUACUAAGACGAUUAAAGAUACCUCAGAACAAAUUAAAUGGAUACGUGUUUUUCAAACUCAUAUGUCCGUUUUUCGCGAAAAUGGGUAUUUUUAUUCAUGACUUCAGAAAUAUCAUGUUUUGUGAAUUUCAUAACGUCUUUUACAGUAAAAAAAUUAUAAUCGUGUAAUAAAGCGGAAGAAUGCUGAAUACAAAUUUUUAUACUGGAAAAGAAUCACUAUUAUUUCAAUAAAUUAUUGGAUACUAUGCCUUAAAUCCAACUACUUAGUAAUACUCCUAAGUUGCAGGUAAACAAUAGCGAAACCGAAAUAAAUAUUUGUAAAAUUUAGAAAAUAAUUUGUUUGUAUAUAUAUAUAUAAUAGAGAUAUGAUUACACUAGGGUUUCGAAGACGUAUUAUUUAUUACUGCCAAGUACAGAACAGAUACCCAGAUGACUUAUUUGGUUAUUACAGUUAUAUUCAAUUAUAUAUGUUUUGUAUAACAUAUUUUCUUUGAAUUUAACACUAGAUUUACGGACACGAAAUCCGUUAUCUUGACGUGUAUGUUAAAAUGCGAUUUUGUUGUAAAUUAUUUAUAAAAACCUAUAGAUUUUUAUUCUCUAUUAUCUUCAAUACAUUUUAUUUGUAUGUUAAACUCUACCUUGACUGCACCCUAAUAAUUAAAAAAUACUAUUUCUAUGUUAAGAAUUUGUAAGCAUUAAAUCGUAAAUCCGUCAAAUUGACGGGUUCCGUAAAUCUAGUGUUAAAUAAAUUUUAUGUAUAUUCUCAUAUGUAUGUCUUAAAAUUUCCCAUUUGGUUAAUACAAUGUAUUUAAGUAUAUAAGAAAAAUGUGUAUAAUUAUAAUAAUGUAAAAUUAGUAAAUAGUUAAAUUAAAGUACUAAAGUAAGGUAAGUUAUUUUACUCAAUAAAAAUGUGAAUGUGAAUUAAAAUAGUUAUAACAUUACAAAAAUUUAUAAUAUGUACUAUGUUAUAAUGUUUUAAGAAUGUAAAUAAGCAACAAUACAAACGAUACGAUAUACAAUGUUAAUCAGCAAUAUAUAAUUUUGUAAGUUUGUAAGUUUAUAUAAAAAUUGAUAUAUACAUCCAUAUAAAUAAUAAUGAAACUGGACUUUUAUUUUUUAAGUCUAAAUAAUAAUAAUUGCAAUGACGACAAUUCGACUUUUAAAUGAUCUUUCCUACGUAAAUGCAACUUAUUUAUUUGCGUAAAUAACCAUUACUGUAUUCCUUGUGUAUUUACGUAUCUUACAAAAUCCUGUUUGAAAUGGAUAUCACAAAACUUCAGUUUAGUUAGGACAAAUAAAAUCAAUUUGUGUAAUAUUUAAGACUAAGCGCAUGAACUUGCGAUGAACUUAAAGCGCGCUUAAAUAAUAUUUCUUUGAUCAUUUUAACCAACAUAUUUAAGUGGUGUUUAGAAAUGAAUUUGAGUCUGAAAACCAUAUCUGAGAAAACACACCAAUAGCUUAAAGUGAAGUUAGUGACAUUGCGGAGACGCGUGACAACCGAAAUCUCGUCCAACAUGUAAGAUAUCUCAGCAAAAUGUAAUGAAACGAUAAUAAUAAUAAUCGAAUCCUUUUACGGCUUCGUCAAAUAACGAGUAUUGAUUUCAUUUUCAGCAUUAAUAUAAAGUAUUGCCAACAUGUGUAAUUAUUUUAGUUAACCAAGUAUUGUUGGAGUAUGUCAAAUAAUCUUUACUUUUUUAUUCAGAUAAGGAAAGUUGAUUCAAAGAAUGUCCAACAAAAACUUUAGAUUUGAAGUCUACUACUUUAUUUAUGCCUACUACUUUUCCUCAAUCGAAAUAGGAGCUGGUGUAGAAAUUAGUACUAUUCAAUCGAUCGUUAUUAAUCACUUGUGGGUGAAUCGUUUUUCUUACUUACCAGGACGUGAAAGCUCAGGUCAUUGACAGAAAAUUAUUUAUCUGACAUAUUAUACCUCUAUCGACCAGGGCAAUUUUAAAAGUUUUCACUAAAAUGCGCA